CAAGCCAACCAUCAGAUGAAAUUCUCAUCUCGUCGUGCGUUGACGCCUUCAGUAGUAGUUGCCUUGCGAAAACUAAAUAGUUAUCGAUUUAAAAAAAAAAAAAAUUCUACGAAACUGUUCAUUGUGGAAGAAAAAAUUUGUGAUUGUUGUGUAAUUUAUACGGCGGCCUCGUAAAAUAGCAAGUAAAAAAAAGAAAAAAUACCAAAAGGAAACUCGCACUGAAGAUAAAAGAGAGCAUAAAUAUUUUUUGCUGUGAUUUUUCGUUUAUUAAGCAAGUGAAGAUGUGGAAAUUAGCAAUUUACUUCGCCGCAUUUCAAUUAAUAUUCGCACAGAAAAGUGAUAUACCCGAGUAUAUCAAACAAUGUCGACGAGGUGACCCGCAAUUAAUCGAGUGCUUUAAAGGUUCAUUGGAGCAUUUGAGGCCGUAUUUGUCGCGAGGCAUUCCUGAAAUCGAGCUACCUUCAGUCGAGCCCUUCAAAAUGGAUGCGCUUGCUUUACAACUCACCGACGGACCACAAGGCUAUAAAAUUACAUUGAAGAAUCUCGAAGUAUUGGGCGCCAGUAACUUUCAGGUGAAAUCGAUGAAGCUAAGUGAAGGCGAUGAACCGUUCAAAGCGCGCAUUGCCAUGCCCAAAUUGAAUAUCGAAGCGAAGUACACUAGCUCGGGUGUGUUGCUUAUCAUACCAGCGUCCGGUGGUGGCGAUUUCCAUGCCACUUUUGAGGGUGUUGUUGCUGACAUCACCGGCAAAGUGUCGUCAAAUGAAAAGGCCGGUCGCUCAUAUCUGCAUGUGGAUUCGCUUAGUCUGGUGUUAAAUGUGAAGGAUGUGAACAUGAACAUUUCGGGCGCCUUCAAUAACAAUCGAAUUUUGCUUGAGGCCACAAACUUGUUCCUGCGUGAGAACUCUCGUGUCGUUUUGGAGGCCAUGCAAACGCAGCUGCAAAAGAAACUGGCGCAAGAGUUUGGCAAACUCGCUAAUCAACUGCUGAAGAACGUGCCCAAGGACUUAUUCUAUGUGGACUAAAGUUGUUGUGAUUCUGUACUGUCUUUGCAGUAAAAUUAGUAAUACAAACCAUAACUUACACCAGUUCAACGGAUGUCUCUUAUAAAACGUCUAGUAUUAGCCAAAUUCGGCCUCGAUACCGCAUUAGCAUUAGCAUUGAUGCUCGAGAAAAUCAUUGCUUAGCGGAAAGCUUAAUACAACACCUGCAAAUUACAAAAAUACUCGUACAACUCACCCAUAUCUUAUCUCCAUAUUUGCACAUAAUUAUGGUAUUGGUAACCAUUAAAUUUUUACUGCAGACUUAUCGCCUAUUAAUCUUUGAAAAUGUUUUCAUGUAAAUAGUUUUUUAGAUUUUAAGUUUAAAUAUUUAUAAGUUUGACGCCUAGAGCUUUUUUACUAAAUGAGCAUUUAUCAUUAUGAGU